UCCUCUCCCAGCUCUGCCGUUCCUCCCGUGUACCCGGCUCAGAGCUCUGCCAGCUUCCAUCCUCUCCUCUGCACACAGGUCCCUCCAUGAUGCGUCAUCCUCCAGCGUGACAAUCCCGAAAGCCAUGUCUGCUACGGACGCCUUACCCCCUCCCAUCCCCCUCUCCCAAAAACCGGUCCCCCCUUCUGAACAAGCAACCUCAGGAGUGUCCGUCAAGAAGAUUGCCGGAUUGUUCCAGAAGGACCUGGGAGGAGGAAGCGUAGAGGAGACACAGCCGCGCCUCCCUCCGAAGCCUUCCACCCUCGCGGUGAAGGAGGAGAAGACUCAGCAGAAGACGGAUGAACCGGCCGGAAUGAAGGCGAAGGUGGAAGGGGAGAGAGAAGUUGACCGGUCCUGCCCACCGCCACUUCCUCCGAAGCUUUUCCAAGACCCAGAUGAGCGAUCGGCCAAGAUGGCGUCAUGCCCUCCCCGGCUGGCCUGCCCCAGUGGAUGCGGCUGUGGUUGCCACCAACAGAGACCCGGCUUCGUAUUGGUCUGGGUUCCGGAAUCUUCCGUGCCCGGCGAGGCCCCGGACCCUUCUGAGGACGGCGGCAUCUUCCAGAGGAAUGAUGACGACGAUGGUGGAGGAGGAAAGUGGGGCCCGAGGUCCCUGAAGGACAAGAUGACGGCCGGGACAAGCUACCCCGUCAGACGCCGAUCCCUGAGAUUCAAGGAGCAUUCCCGGCACAACUCUGCCGAUGGGGUCGGGGAGGAGAAGGAGAAUGGCGGGAUCGUCCUCACCUCCUACAAAUCCACCGUGGACUGUGACCUGCCCGGCGCUACCUGCGAGGAGGGGUGCCAAGGCGAAAUUCUCAGGACAGGCGGUGCUCCUGAGGUUCCUAGGCACGGAGUGACCCCUGGUGGUGGUGACGUGGACUCUGCUGCCACUCACACUGAGGCCCCGCCCCCGAGUAAUUUAUGUAACGGGCCGUCCCUCGAACACACCAAUGGCUACGCGCCCAUCGCCAAACCUCCAAAGCUGAAGAGUAUCUCGUUCUGCGACCGCGUGGUGCCGCCUACCCAGGCCUUGUGUGACCCGUCCGAGCCCCCGGCAUUCGUGCCCCCUAAGGUGCCCAGCAAGCCUCCUCGGGGGGCGGCCCCUCCGCCUCCCCUGGCUCCUCCCCCGUUUCUGAGAAAGGGAUCUCUGAAGAGGUAUUCCACGGGGAACUCAGAAGAGCCGACCGAACGGGACAAGAAGGCGUCCUCGUGCAGCCUGCCGGUGGACAGAGCUAGAGAUCGGCACUCCUCAUCCGAUGACGCCAACGAGUCGUCGGGUUCGGAGUCGUCCGCCUUCAGACCUUUAGCAGUGAAAAGCCCGAAAUGUAUAGACUGGGAGUCCCACCUCAGAGACGAGCCGCUCUAUCAGACGUACCGCCAGUCGGUGAUCAAUAAAGAAAUUCGGCGUCAGACGGUUUCACGGAACAGCAGCUUCACCAGCUACGACUCCUCUCAGGAAAGUCCUCUGCCCUAUGGGGGGUCCCCGAAACAAGGACGGAGGUCCACUGUACCCCACAACACCCUGUGGCAGGAACUACCCUCCGUGAUGGAGAGCGGAGUGCUGGAGAGCAUGAGCAACGAUGAGAAGAAGAUGCAGGAGAGCAUGUUUGAAGUCCUGACCUCGGAAGUCUCGUAUCUCCGCUCACUGAAUGUGCUGACGGAACAUUUCCUGGGAUGUCGGGAUCUGCAGGAAACGCUGAUUGUCCGCGAGAAGAAAAUCCUCUUCUCCAACAUCCUGAGAGUGAAGGAGGUCAGCGAGAGGUUCCUGAUGGAUCUGGAGUCCCGGGUGGACGAGGACGUUGUCAUAUCGGAUAUCUGUGACAUCAUCUAUCACCACGCCGUGCAUAACUUCCCCGUCUACAAGGACUAUGUGCGGAACCAGCUGUACCAGGAGAAGACCUACAGCGAGCUCAUGGAGAAGAAUCCUCAGUUCCAUGCCGUGGUGUGCCGCCUCCAGGAGCUCCCGCAGUGCCAGCGCCUCCCAUUCAUGUCCUUCCUGCUGCUGCCCUUUUUUUCACUUAAUUUCCUUUUUUCCCCCCCCUCACAGAAUGUUCUGAAGAGGACGGAGGAGGGAUCGGAGGCCGAACAGAAUGCCAGCAAAGCCCUGGACACCGUCUCCAAGAUCAUCCAGGAGUGCAACCGGGAAGUGGGCCGCAUGCGGCAGACCGAGGAACUGAUCCACAUCUCCUCCAAGAUCGAGUUUGACAAGAUAAAGGCCAUCCCGAUCAUUUCUCAGAGUCGGUUCCUGGAGAAGCAAGGAGAGCUGAGCGAAGUGCAGCAGAAGGGGAGUCUGUUCGGGAUCAAACCCACCAAACUGACCCCGGUCUACUUCUUCCUCUUCAAUGAUUUCUUGUUGAUCACCCAGAAGAAAGGCUCUGACCGGCAUGUUGUUGUGGAUUAUGCUCAUCGUUCUCUGGUUCAGAUCCAGUCCUGCCCUACAAUGGAGAACAGCUUCUUCCUGACCCUACUGGAGAAUCACCAGGGCAAAACCUGUGACCGGCUCUUUAAGGCACCAACACAGUCUGAUUUGCACCGUUGGGUGGCAGCGUUUCCCAGUAAGAACGAUGACUCGUUAUCCGGCAGUGACACGAUAUACGAGGAUUGGGAUUGCCCCCAGGUACACUGCGUGGAGCAGUACUCCGCUGCGCAGGCUGACGAGCUGCACCUGGAGCCCUCCGACAUCAUUAAUGUGCUGCGCAAAACGUCUGAAGGUUGGUGUGAGGGCAUCCGGCUUUCCGAUGGCAAGAAGGGUUGGUUUCCCGCCCGCUACGUCCAGGAGAUCACCAACGAACACGUCAGGAGGCGGAACCUUCGGGAGCGAUAUCGCGUCCUGCAGGCCGCGCGGCAGAUAGUCAACCAGACGGGCGACACCAAGAAGAAAUCUAGUUCGGCUUGAUCAUUCGAGUUCCACCACUCGGCAACUAGAUACUGAUCGAUGUUUUGACUGAACAAUCAGGUCGGGGUUUAUUGUGCAACCUUUGAUGAAGGAAAAAAGAUGCUCGGUCCUACAGCCAGCUCGAAAAAGCUGGAGGUGGGCCGAGGAUUGGCCAGGAACUGCUGCUAGCUUCUCUCUGAAUGUGUUAACCGCUGUCCACGGUUGGUUGGAUGGAUGGAUCCUUAUCCGUUCUCUAGAAUAGCACAAAUGUCCCAUAAGACGGGACCAGAUUAUUUUUUAAGCACAAAAAGUGACCAAUGAUCUCCAAUUUCCAGACCUCCCGAAGAGUUGGACAUUUAGUGUUGGGCUUCAAAGAAGUCAAGUCGUAUUUCUUGCCAGGUUUCUCUCAUUUCAAAGUUCACUCGUUCUUUCCGAUCUUCAAAGACCUCAA